AUGAACAAGGACUGGUGGAACUCGGAACAGCAACGCAUGGGAUAUGCAGUCUCAUGCCUGAAAGCCAAAGCGCACGACCAAGUCAGCUACAACAUCAAAGAUGGCAUGGUCCUUUUCGACAGCGUCAACGCCAUUAAGGCCGUCCUCCAAUCAGCCUUCGGAGACAUCGACGCGAAAGCCACCGCCCAGCGCAAGAUCUUUGACAUGAGGCAAGGGCAUAGGUCGCUCACGGUAUUCCUCCCUGAAUGGUAUGCCACCGCCAAGCUCACGGAGUGGGAUAGUGAGGCCCUCAUUGCGCACCUCCGGCGCGCUCUCCACGACGACAUUACAUGGAGGCUUUCCCUCACCAAGAGCAAGGACACGCCCACCGAUCUCACCCAGUUUAUGGAUCUCGUCCGCACCUGCGAUAGCGAAUGCCGACAACUCGACGCCAACUACUUCAAGAAAGAGAACGCCAGUGGCUCAACCAAGCACGGUGGCCGUGUACCGGCCCCCGCCGUAACGCCAUUAACGACCCCCAAUGACUCGGGAGAUUCCAUGGAUUUAAGCGCGAUCACAUGGGGAGCGGAAGACGUUGCCUCGGGUCGCAGGCCAAAGACCGACGCGGAGAGGGCAGCACGCAAAGCCUAUUGCACAAAACAUGGACUCUGCCAUUGGUGCAUUGACGACAAAUCAACGUCGAUCAAAACGAACGCAAUGCUUGACUCGGGUGCCACAGGAAAGGGGUUCGUAGACGAAUCCUUCGCGCAUGACCACAAGUUCACGCUUCACAAACUACGGAACCGUCGCCGGUUGAAUGUGGUCGACGGAAGACCCUCCUCAGCUGGCGACAUCACCCACCUUGGGAAGUACGACAUCAUCCUCGGAAAGCCUUGGCUGACAGAUCACAACCCCAUCAUUAAUUGGAGCACAAACAUGGUCAGUUUCAACUCUGACCACUGUCGCCGACGCUGCAUGGAGAAAGGACAAUAUCAACUGGCAGUCUUUGGAGCCAGUCCGUUGGCCAUUUCGACAACCACUACGACACUGCCACCCCCGCCAAUCCCCAGAAGGGUCGGCGCAGCCGCGUUCUACAUGCUGGCCGAAAAGCGCGACGUCGACGUAUUCUCACUAUCGCUCUACGAGAUCGACAAAAGGCUGGCUGAGCUCGGCGUCAUCACUGAAGCCUCCACAUUCGUAGAGCCAAAGGCACCUCGAUUCGGCCAGGCACUUACAGACUUACAAAAGAUGAACCGAGAACUCGAGCGACAGGACGGAAUGGUGGCCCAUCUCCCGGAGAGCCAACAAGCCCACGAACUCCAAGCCCGCCGGAAAACAGCAGCCGACAUGUACCUUUCAGGAGCGUCCCUCGAGGAUAUUCACAAAGCCCUCGAACCCAAGACUCUGUCGGAGGCAGACAAACUUCCUCCCCACCGGGGCUGCGAUCACGAAAUUCAGCUUCAACCAGGCACAACCCCACCGCAUGGGCCCCUCUACGGCAUGUCCGAGGACGAGCUCGUCGUUCUCCGGAAGUUUCUGCAGGAAAACCUCGACAAAGGGUUCAUUCGGGCCAGCACGUCUCCAGCAGCCUCGCCCGUGCUGUUCGCGAAGAAGCCAGGGGGCGGCCUGCGUUUUUGUGUGGACUACCGCGGGCUCAAUGCCAUAACCAUCAAGAACCGGUAUCCACUGCCACUGAUCCAAGAGACCCUCUCCCAGCUCAGCCAAGCCAGGUUCUGCACGGCGUACAUCGACGACAUCCUCAUUUACUCGAACGAUCUUGCCUCCCAUAGACUACACGUCAAAUCAGUCUUGCAAGCACUCGAAGCCGCAGGCCUACAGCUUGAUGUCAGGAAGUGCGAAUUCGAGACCACUGAAGUAAAGUACCUCGGCAUGAUCAUCUCCACCACUGGCGAGGCAUUCGACGCGCUCAAAAGUAGCUUCACUUCAGCGCCAAUCCUCAGACACUUUGACCCCGCAAAAGAAGUGUUUGUCGAAUGUGACGCGUCCGACUUUGUCUCUUCAGGCAUCCUCUCCCAGGAAGACGACCAGGGAGUAUUACACCCAGUGGCUUUCAUGUCCAAAAAGUACGACCCGGCCGAGUGCAACUACGAGAUCUACGACAAAGAACUUCUCGCCAUUUUGCGAUGCUUCGAAUGCUGGCGACCCGAACUACAAGGCGCACACCAUCAGAUUACGGUCGUUAGGUGGAGCGAGUUCCUCUCACAGUUUCAAUUCGCCAUCAAGUCAAUACCAGGGAAAGAGAACGGGAAGCCCGACGCUCUCACGCGAAGAUCGCAAGACCUACCACAAAACGAAACUGACGACCGCAUCCGGUACCAACAACAGUCACUGCUCAAACCCCACAACAUUGACCGUUCAGUACAAGAACAACUGAAGCUUGACCCUGAACUGGCAGAACUCUUCGCAAACCUUUGCUGGGAGCAAGAGAUCUCUCUCUGCCCCAUCACGCGACUUCUCGACAAAGGCUACGAAGAUGACGAAUGGUGGAUGAAAAUCAGGGACGAGAUGCUCAAGCCCCACGGCACGGAGAACGCCAACGCAUUCCUCGAGCAAUAUCUUCGCCAGUACGUUAGCUUCGCUCAGGACAAUUGGGACGAGUGGCUCCCACUAGCCGAAUUCGCAGCCCGCAACGUUGUAAACGACUCAACUGGGAUGUCCCCAUUCUUUGCGAACACAGGCUACCACCCUCGGAUGAGUUUUGGCCCUCCUCGACCAAUACCACGCGCAGCACCCAAAGACCUAGCAGAGCGCGGCAGCGAGGGCAACAGCUUCGCCAUCAAGAUGCAAGAGAUCACCGAUCUGCUACGGACAAACCUUGCUUCAGCCCAGGCGUCACAAGAGCAAUUCGCCAACGCAAACAGGACCCCGGCACCGGCGUAUCGAGUUGGCGACAUGGUGCUGCUGAGCACACGAAACAUCCGUUCAGCCAGGCCCAUCCCCAAACUUGAUCACAAAUUCAUUGGCCCUUUCCGAGUCGAGCGUGUGCUCAACGCUCACGCCUACCAGCUAAAGUUGCCACAUGAAUUACAGUCUCUUCACAACUCGUUCCAUACCAACCUCCUGCGACCAGCACCGAACGACCCGCUGCCGGGCCAAUACAACCCAACCCCCCCGCCAAUCGCACUAGAUGCAAACGGAGAAAAACUGUGGGCGAUUGAAGCAAUUCUGGAUUCAAAGCGCACAAGGCAGAAUGGUUUCCAGUACCACGUACAAUGGAGGGGCUAUGACCUCGAAGAAGCAACAUGGGAGCCGCUGCACAACGUUGUUAACGCACACAUAGCCAUCAAAGAGUUCGAGAAGCUCCACAGGACCAAACCACGGCCAACGAAACAAGAAAUGCGAAAUGCUCAUCGCCAAGCUGCCCGAGGCGUGGUUGAAUCAGAAGCGGUGGACUGA